AUGCCACAAUUAGAUACAAACACAUGAUUUAUUACAAUUAUUUCUGCCACCUUAACACUAUUUAUUCUAUUCCAAAUUAAUUUCUCAAAACUAACUUUUUACCUAGAACCAGAACCUAAACUACUAAAAUCUACAGAACAUAAAAAUCCUUGAGAAACAAAAUGAACGAAAAUUUAUUUGCCUCAUUCAUCACUCCCACAUUAA